AUGGUACUGCUACUAGUGCUGGGCCUGGCGCUGAGCCUGGCCACCGCACAGAUCAACCUGCAGACUGCUGCACGGAGAAACUUCAACCUGGACAGGAUUUCUGGGAUGUGGCACCUUGAUUGCAUAGCCUCGAAUAACAUGACACGCAUUGAAGAAAAUGGAGACCUGAGGCUCUUCAUCCGGAACAUCAAGCCCUUAAGUAACGGCAGCCUACAGUUUGACUUCCAUCUCAUGAUACAAGGAGAAUGUGUGGCUGUGACCAUGGUCUGUGAGAAGACUAAGAAUAAUGGGGAGUUCUCCAUUGCCUAUGAGGGGGAGAACAAGGUGCUGCUCUUGGAGACUGACUACAGACACUAUAUCAUCUUCUACAUGCAGAACAUCAAGAACGGGACCAAGACCCACGCGCUGGCACUCUAUGGGCGCUUCCCAGAGCUUAACAACAAUUACAAGAAAGAAUUCAUAAACACCUGUAAACUGUAUGGGCUGGGCCCACAAAAUAUCAUCGACAUGGCAAAGAAAGUGAUGUUCUUGUGCCCCAAAGGGAGACUCUUCCUCUCUCCAGGUCAGUUCACAGGCACUGCCCGAGGACCCAAAGAGGCAGCCUUGGAACUAAAGCGUUCAUCCUAG